CCAACUCAUAUAAUUAGCGCUUUUUCCCGGAAAUUUUCUCUUUCGGUUUUUGGGAAGUUCUUCAAGUCCUCCGAAGUCCGACCCACAGAGGACGAGAAGCAAACCCCAAACAUUUUCCCGGAAUUUCUCUUUUGUUUUUCUCGCGUUGCUCUCUGAUUGAAUAUUACGCAAACGAAAUUGAAGUUUUUCGAAGCUGUUGUUCAAUAUAUUCGAGGAGAUAAGUGUUAGGCAUGGCAACAGAGGAGCCGGCUGGUCCACGGUAUGCGCCAGAUGAUCCUACACUUCCUAAUCCGUGGAAGGGUUUGAUUGAUGGUAGCACGGGUUUGUUAUACUACUGGAAUCCUGAAACUAACGUUACCCAGUAUGAAAAACCGGCUUCUUUGCCUCCGCCCUUGCCAUCAGGCCUGCCUCCUGCUACUUCCACACCAAAGCUGGCUGCAAUUCCUGUUGCUCAUUCAGUGCAACCGAAGGGAGUGAUGCCUCAGGAUGGACAGCAGAUAACGCAAGCUCCACAACAGCACGGGUCGCAAGUGAGCCAGUUUUCUCAACAGCAUGGACAUCUAAUGGCACAACAGAUGAAUCCGACAUCAUAUGCUCAACAGCAGGGCUCACAAAUGGCUCAACCUGGACAUCAACAGAGUUCACUAUUGGGACAGGCCAUGCAACAGCAUGGGCAAAUGAUGCAGCAUCUGGGUCAGCAAAUGCCCCAGCCGCAAGUGCAUCAAGGGCAGCAAAUGCCUCAGCAACUGGGACAACACACACCACAGGGUCAUGCGUCACAAGGGCAGCAAAGGCUUCAACAACUGGGACAACACACACCACAGAGUCAUGGGUCACAAAUGCAUCCGUUUGCACAUCAGCAGAUGCAUUAUAGGCCUUAUCAGCAAAGCAUUCCUCCCCAAGGGCAACAGAGUUCACAACCGCAAACUCUGCAUAGUGCACAAGCGCAACCACUGGCAAAUCAACAAGAAUAUAAAGCUGCAUUCCCCCAGAGGGAGGAAGAUGAUUUUCAACAAAGAAAUCAAAUUGGUGUUUCUCCAUCCCGGUUUCAACAAGCGGGAGCCUCAUCUGUGCAGAAUCUUCCUACUGGGACCAAUCCAGUACAAAUGCCACAGAGGUCUGUUCAUCAAGGCCCAACCCAACAAUUUGGCGGCCCCUUGGGAAACAUGCAACAUCCUUCCUCUUUUGGUCACUUGCAGCAACCAGGGGCUGAUUUGGCUCACCAUCAACAUGGUUCUAGGUUCCAAAGUCAAAUGGACCCAGCAAUGAUACACGGUCAGCAGUCAAAUGUGCCUCCUGUUGGAUUAAGAAUGGGUCAUGAAAAUAAUUUCCAUGGUCGAGGUGGAAAUGACUAUUACUUCAAUAGUAACAAUGAAGGGACGACAGGUCCUCAGCAGCCCAAGCUUGCAUCUAUUCCGAUUGCUAAAAGCCAGCAGGAGAUGAGUGGUGGCCCUCCAUUUCAAACUGCUACACCUGGUCAUUCCAUGCAUAACGUGUACAGUCAUGCAACAGGUGCUCCACCAUUCCCAAAUAACUCUUUGGUGAAGCCCCCUUAUGUCAGACCUACAAGUCUUACUAGUCUCUCACCUGUUGAAGUUUAUCGUCAACAACAUGAAGUUACUGCAUCGGGUGACAAUGUACCUGCACCAUUCAUGACAUUUGAAGACACUGGUUUUCCUCCAGAGAUAUUGAGAGAGAUUCAUGCUGCUGGCUUCGCAUCUCCCACGCCAAUUCAGGCACAAACAUGGCCAAUUGCUCUUCAAAGUAGGGAUAUAGUUGCAAUUGCAAAAACUGGUUCCGGAAAAACUUUGGGCUAUUUGAUGCCUGCAUUCAUUCUUCUUAGACAACGCCAUAAUAAUUCUCAGAAUGGCCCAACAGUCCUGGUUUUGGCCCCAACACGGGAGCUUGCAACACAGAUACAAGAUGAGGUUUUGAAAUUUGGGCGAGCUUCUAGGGUAUCUUGCACGUGCCUGUAUGGUGGAGCUCUGAAGGGCCCUCAGCUAAAAGAGUUAGAUCGUGGAGCAGACAUAGUGGUGGCAACUCCUGGUCGUCUUAAUGACAUACUGGAAAUGAAGAAAAUUGAUUUUCGGCAAGUUUCUCUACUUGUACUUGAUGAAGCAGAUCGAAUGCUUGACAUGGGUUUUGAACCUCAAAUCCGUAAAAUCGUGGAUCAAAUACCCCCGCACAGACAAACUCUUAUGUACACAGCAACAUGGCCCAAAGAAGUAAGAAAGAUAGCAAGUGAUCUUCUUGUUAAUCCUGUACAAGUGAAUAUUGGCAGCGUUAAUGAGCUUGCUGCAAACAAGUCUAUCACACAGUACGUUGAAGUUGUCCCACAAAUGGAGAAGCAACGGCGUUUGGAGCAGAUCCUGAGAUCCCAAGAACAAGGUUCUAAGAUCAUUGUCUUUUGUUCCACCAAGAGGUUGUGUGAUCAGAUUGCACGUAGUAUUGGACGCACUUUUGGGGCUGCUGCAAUUCACGGGGACAAGUCUCAAGGUGAGCGAGACUGGGUUUUAAAUCAGUUCCGGAGUGGAAAAUCCCCAGUAUUAGUUGCCACUGACGUUGCUGCUCGUGGGCUUGACAUCAAAGAUAUAAGGGUGGUGGUAAACUAUGAUUUCCCUACUGGUGUUGAAGACUAUGUUCACCGAAUUGGAAGAACUGGGAGGGCUGGCGCAACGGGGGUGUCAUACACCUUUUUCUCUGAGCAAGACUGGAAAUAUGCAGCUGAUUUGAUUAAAGUUCUGGAGGGAGCUAACCAGCAAGUGCCUCCAGAGGUGCGAGAGAUUGCUCUACGUGGUGGGCCUGGUUUUGGCAAGGAUAGGAAUCCAAUGAACCGUUUUGAUUCUGGUGGGCCUGUUAAUGGUGCUGCUGGCCGUUGGGAUUCCGGCGGCCGUGAUGGAAUUAGGGAUGGGGGUUUUGGUGGUCGUGGCAGUAUGAGGGAUGGGGGCUUUGGAGGUCGUGGUGGUUUUGGUGGUCGUGGCGGCAUGCGAGAUGGCAACUUUGGCGGUCGUGGCAGCAUGCGAGAUGGCAACUUUGGCGGUCGUGGGGGCCCUAGGGACAGUGCUGGUAGCGGCCGUGGUGGGAGAGGCGAUUUCUUUUCUGGGCCUGGAAACAGGGGGCGAGGAUUUGGUGGUCCUGGUGGUGGUAAUGUUGGUCGGGGUAGAAAUGGCAGUGGCCCACAAGAUCGGUACAACAGUAUGGAUGGCCGUGGGGGACGUGGACGGGGACGAUUUGAUAAUAGAGUUGAUUUUCCUGACAGGAGCAGAGGCAGGAACUAUAGCCGUAGCCCUGACAGAGUUCGAACAUGGGAUAUUAACAGAAGCAGAAGCCGGAGUCGAAGCCGCAGCAUUAGCCGGAGUAGGAGUCGGAGUCGUAGCCGGAGCUGGUCCCGUGGCCGUAGCCGCAGCUACAGCCAUAGCCGAAGUCAUAGUCGCAACCGUAGUCGGAGCCCCAGUUAUGAAAGAUAUGAGAGGCCGCCACGCGUGUCAAAAUUUGAUAUGAAGGAUCCUGUUCCCGAAUCUGUGGUUCCACCUGUACCAGAGAUGGUUCCUACGUCCCCAGAGACACAAGUCAAUGUAUAUCCAGACACCAAGCCGAAUCUGCCAGUGGUUGAGCAAACGGGGCUAGUGGAUACACAGGGCGGAGGAGGAGACCCUUCCCAUCACUCAUUGAUUUAACCUGAGAGCGGUCGACACGGUCUUUCUUUGCAGUCCUUGUGUGGUGCCUUUAUGUCGGUUUUCCUGAGAAUACUUGCUGAACUGCUCUACUGCUUCUGCUGGUGGUGGAAGGUCAUGUCGGGUAAUUGGCGAUAGUUAUGGACGACGGAUGUGUUAGGGUGGCUCUAGAAAACUCUUUUUGUGCACGGCCUAAUAUUGUGAUCAACAACAGUUGAAUUUGAGUAUUGGAGAGGACGUUCACUCGUCGGAUUAUUGGUGUCUUGUGUGAGAAAUUGGGAAAGACAUGUAUUACACCUUUCCCACAUAGAAUUCUAGGUGUCUAAUUUUACUAGAUUUUGUCAUGAAUUAUCCUAUUUUUUUUCAAAUGAACUCUUUGAUGUUUAAUCUCC